GCCUUGUUUGAAAAAUAAAUAAAUUAAAUCUUGAUAUAGUUGCUUUGCUUUUGCUUCUCUUAAACUGAGUUCCAAGCAAAACCCUUUUCUGUUUUUCCUCUGAUUUCGCUAAGGUCUUCUUUGGGUAGUUUGAGAUUUGAGUUUUUCAUCAUACUAUGUCUUCUCAAUCUUCUAAGGAAUCAGUUCAUGAUUUCACUGUUAAGGUUCAUUUUGGGUUUAAUUCAAAUUUAUACCCCCAUAGAUUCAAUUUAAAUUGUCUUUCAUUUAUCUCACUGGGUUUUGUUUUUUUUUUUUUUGGCUGUUCAGGAUGCAAGAGGGAAUGAUGUUGAUGUGGCAAGAAGUUUGACGAUGGCGAUAAAGUUGUUAGCUUCGUCAUGCGUAAGGAAGGAGAGUUCUGGGGAUUUGUCACCAAGGCCUCAUUAUCCAUCGAUUCCCAAAUACCCAAAAGGGGUUACGGCACAAGAAACGAGCUUGCAGGGAUCAGAGGCGAAAGCUAUGUUUUCAGUGAUGGGGAUGGCAUGUUCGGCCUGCGCUGGCUCCGUCGAGAAGGCUAUUAAGAGGCCUCCGGGAAUUAAGGAAGCUGUUGUUGAUGUUUUGAACAACAAGGCGCAAGUUAUGUUCUACCCAAGUUUUGUUAACGAAGAGAGCAUUCGUGACGCCAUUGAAGAUGCUGGAUUUCAAGCUGCAUUGAUCCAAGACGAGACCGACUAUAAAUCCGUUCAAGUCUGCCGUAUUCGGAUCAACGGAAUGACAUGCACUUCUUAUCGACGGAAUGACAGGCAGCUCCCGGUGUGCAAAAGGUCCAAGUGGCUUUAGCAAACGAAGAAGCACAGAUUCAUCAUGAUCCCAAAAUCAUAACCUGCAAUCAACUCAUGGAGAAAAUAGAAGAGACCGGAUUCGGAGCCGUACUUGUUAGUACUGGAGAAGACAUGAGCAAGAUCAAUCUCCGUAUCGACGGUGUAAGGACGGUUAACUCGAUGAGAGUGCUUGAAAAUUCCCUUCAAGCACUCCCUGGUGUUCAAGCUGUACAAAUAUCCCCUGAACUCAAAAAAAUUGCAGUCUCAUAUAAACCAGCUAUGACAGGACCAAGAAACUUCAUCAAAGUAAUAGAUUCAACAGGUAGUAGCAGGCGUUUUAAGGCAACGAUAUAUUCCGAAGGUGAAGGUGGUGGAAGGGAAUCUCAUAGAAAGGAAGAAAUUAAGCAGUACUUCAGAUCCUUCCUAUGGAGCUUGAUUUUCACUACUCCUGUAUUUUUAACCUCCAUGGUUUUCAUGUAUAUCCCUGGAAUUAAACAUGGAUUGGACACCAAAGAAGUGAAUAUGUUAACUAUAGGUGAAGUCAUAAGAUGGGUGCUAUCAACUCCGGUUCAGUUCAUAAUAGGGAGACGGUUUUACACCGGUUCUUAUAAAGCAUUACGCCAUGGGUCCGCAAAUAUGGAUGUUUUAAUCGCAUUGGGGACUAAUACAGCUUACUUUUAUUCUGUAUACACUGUGAUAAGAGCUGCUUCUUCUCCAGAUUUUGAAGGUACUGAUUUUUUUGAAACAAGUGCAAUGCUUAUCUCAUUCAUUUUACUUGGUAAAUAUCUUGAGGUUUUAGCUAAAGGAAAAACAUCAGAAGCCAUUGCUAAGCUUAUGAACCUUGCAACUGAGACAGCAAUGUUGUUGAGUUUAGAUGAAGAAGGAAAUAUGAUAGGUGAAGAAGAAAUCGAUAGUCGAAUGAUACAAAAGAAUGAUAUUAUCAAAAUCCUACCUGGUGCAAAAGUAGCUUCAGAUGGUUUUGUUUUGUGGGGGCAAAGUCAUAUAAAUGAAAGCUUGAUAACCGGAGAAGCACGACCGGUGGCAAAAAGGAAAGGCAAUACGGUUAUCGGAGAUACGGUUAAUGAGAAUGGAGUAUUGCAUAUUAAAGCAACAAAGGUUGGUUCAGAAAGUGCACUUGCACAGAUUGCUCAUCUUGUUGAAUCUGCUUAAAUGGACAAAGCUCCUGUACAGAAGUUUGCUGAUCGAAUUUCCAAAUAUUUCGUGCCUCUGGUGAGUCAAGUCAAGAGAGUCCUUUUAGGAUUGUUUCCAUAAAUUUGGUUUUAAGCUACUUGUUCUUGUUGUUGUCUUCAACAGGCGAUCAUGCUUUCGUUUUCAACGUGGCUUGCAUGGUUUUUAGCUGGAAAGUUCCAUGGUACCUUGAAUCAUGGAUACCAUCUUCGAUGGAUAGUUUCGAGCUGGCACUUCAAUUUGGAAUUUCAGUGAUGGUCAUAGCUUGUCCAUGUGCCUUGGGGCUUGUAACCCCUAUUGCUGUUAUGGUCGGUACUGGUGUCAGUGCAUCUCUAGGUGUAUUAAUCGAAGGUAGUCAAGCAUUGGAAGGUGCACAUAAGGUAAAUUGCAUUGUAUUCGACAAGAGAGGAACUCUCACGGUCGAAAAGCCGAUCGUUGUUAACACAAGAUUGUUGAAAAACGUGGUGUUACAUGAAUUCUACGAGCUUGUUGCUACAACUGAGGCAAAUAGUGAGCAUCCUUUAGCCAAAGCCAUUAUCGAGUAUGCCAAGAAGUUCAGAGAAGAUGAAGAGAACCCUGCAUGGCUAGAAGCACGUGACUUCGUCUCUAUAACAGGACAUGGAGUGAAAGCCAUUGUUAGGGACAAGGAAAUAAUUGUGGGAAACAAGAGCUUAAUGUUGGAAAACAACAUUGUUAUUCCAGUUGAUGCUCAAGACAUGUUAACCGAAACGGAAUCAAUGGCUCAAACCGGCAUUUUAGUAUCGAUAGAUGGUGAAGUAACGGGAGUUCUCGCCAUAUUCGAUCCAGUGAAACCAGGUGGACAAAAAGUUAUUUCCAUUCUCAAGUCAAUGAAUGUAAGAAGCAUCAUGGUGACUGGUGAUAAUUGGGGAACUGCAAGUUCCAUUGCUAGUCAAAUUAGCAUUGAAACUGUUGUUGCAGAAGCUAAACUCGAACAAAAAGCGAGAAAGUAAAAGAGUUACAAGCGGAAGGUUAUGCUGUGGCAAUGAUAGGGGAUGGCAUCAAUGAUUUGCCGGCACUUGAAGCAACCGAUGUCGGUAUGGCAAUCGGUGCAGGAACAGAUAUUGCAAUAGAGGCAGCUGAUAUAGUUCUGAUGAAGAGUAACUUAGAGGAUGUGAUCACAGCCAUACACCUUUCUAAGAAAACAUUUUCUCAUAUUUGCCUGAACUAUAUUUGGGCAUUUGGGUAUAAUAUGCUUGGGAUCCCAAUAGCUGCAGGGUCUCUAUUUCCACCAACUGGAUUUCGUUUACCUCUAUAGAUUGCUGGAGCUGCCAUGGUUGCUUCCUCUGUCAGUGUUGUUUGCUGCUAACUCUUGUUAAUGUUAGAGUUAGUUAUGAAUUGUUAUUUUGGUGCAAUAGUUGUUAAGCCGUUAAGGGAAAGUUAGUCAGUAGCAGUUCUCUAUAAAUAACAGUUGUAAAGUUCAAAGAAAAGCUGGAUAUGAAAUACACAGUAUACUAUCUCUUUCAUU